UCCUACCAAAAAGAAAAAUCCUCAGAAAAAGCAAAAGACCAUUAUGUCAUCCUCCCGCACAUCUGGCAAAACUGGCAGCAGCCGAUUGACAGAGAGUACACAGCCAGGUGGAGCUACAGGUGGAGCUGCAGGAUCUGAUCCAGGUGGCGGAGGCAAAGGCUCUCCACCUAGUGGAGGUGAAAGGUCUAAUGUAGGUGGAGCUACAGGCUCUCAGGGCAAAACUGGCAGCAGCCGAUUGACGGAGAGUACACAGCCAGUUGGAGCUACAGGUGGAGCUACAGGCGGAGCUAAGAGCAGAGAGGCAUGGACAGAUUCAGAUGACGGAGUCAGAUUCUCUCAGCCAAGCGGAGUUGAAGGGUCAAAUCUAGGUGGUGCUACAGGCUCUCAGGUCGGACAUUUGCAUCAUUUCACCGUGAAGUUCAGUCCUACUGACUGUAAUGAAUACGCUAUUGACUGCGAUGAACCUCGCACCGUUCUGGAGGCGAUACAAUCAACUGAACAGUACUGGAAGAAGAUGAAGACGUAUCCAGAUGAAAAUGUUGUGAUUUUUUUAUUUAUUUAUACAAUCGGAGGAAAAAACACCAAAACAAAGAAGCUUUUUAGAAGCAAUGCUGUCAAAAAGUUGAAGUAUCUGUGGGUCUAUGGGGUGAAGGGGAUCACUGUCAAAGAGGCUCUGGAAAGAGACGGUCGCUUCGUUGAUAAACUCGGCGACUUCACUCUAACUUACAAUAAUGAUUCUAAUUGCAUCACCAAAAUAAAACAGAAGGUCGGUUACCUGGUUAAAAAAAAAUUAAAGCUAUGUCUUUCACGGAACAAGAGAGCAAAUAUAUGUUGUCAUAUAUAUAUAUAUGAUAGCUCGGGUUUAUCAAGUCAUUCGCCACAGAGGUCUGACACAACGCCAGCUGUAGAUGAAGAACUGCAGAGAAAAAUCAGAGCAGCUAUGAAAAAGAGUGGCAACAAUGUCAACAUUGAUAAGAUUUUUGAAACGAUUAUUUUUCAUAUUCUUUCAUAUUCUUAUUCGAAAGCAGUCAACCUGAGGAAAGAAAACUUUGGGAAGAUCCAACAGUCAUUCAGUGAAUUUCACAGAUUCACAAAGGUGCUGAAACUGGGCGAGUCCGUUUGCAAAAUUGUUGUUAAGGAUAUUCGUCAGGGAACAGGCUUUGUGCUGUUUGACAACUUCAUCUUGACCAACGCACACCUUUUCAGUGGUUGCGUCGAAGGAGAAAAGUUAAAGAGGUAUGCUGUAAUUAAGAUAAUGCCUGUGGGUGAAAACUACAACUAUAAAACAAGUGAAAUCACUAACACCAUUGUGCCACCAGGACUCCUGAAGAUGUUUGGUCCAAUGCCUCCGAAUGGUGAAGCCUGUAUUAUUGGUCACCCAAAAGGAGAAGUGAAAAAGAUGGAUCUUACAUUUAUCAUUGAGAAAGAGAAUUAUCCAUUUACAUUUUGCGCAAUCAAUCAAGCGAUCAAAAAUGACCCACAUGCAGAUUAUUUAGUGUACUACAAAACUUUCAUGUUUUACGGCUCUUCUGGCUCCCCGGUGUUUGAUGCCCAGGGCAGAGUUAUCGGUUUGCACACCGGUGGGUUUCCAAAAUCUGAACCGAGUGUGAUAGAGUACGCCCAAUCUCUGCUCACUAUAUUUGAAGACUUUGUGAGUACGUUAAAAGUUAGCGGGAAUGAUGAGCUGUUGGAGAGAAUUAAGGAAGAGGUGAAGGGAAACGCAGACCUAGAAAAGGUCUUCAAGUCCGUGUUUGAGGAGCCAAUGGAUACUGAUUAAGGUAUCAACCUUGUUAUGAAUUGAUACUAUAAAUAAAAUUUAAUUGAAUUGAAUCCAGGUCGUUCCGGGACUUUCUAUGUGGAAUAUGUAUAAUUUAAUAAUAAUAAUAAUUUAAUACAUAAUAAUGUAUAAUAAUAUAAUUGUGGGAAAUUAUACUCAGGUAUUGUGAUUAUUGUGGGAAAUUAUACUCAGGUAUUGUGAUUAUACUUAGGUACUGUGAAUAAACUUAUGCAUAAGCAAAUGGAACAAAGCUCAUGUCAAACACUGAAUGUUUUUUUUCCCCAGCAUGUUCCCUUGGAUCAGAGAGGCUCCGAAAUCAGGGUAGCAGCUGUCGCCAUGGUCCCGCUACACGUUCUGUGAUGCCAUGUUCAACUGCUACACUGCAGUGUCCUGCUACGUCCUGCUACGUCCUGCUACGUCCUGCU